AUGGCUCCAUAUGAAGCUUUGUACGGACGACGUUGUAGAUCACUUAUUGGAUGGUUUGAGCUGACAGAGGUAGGACUACUUGGUCCCUAUCUUGUACAUGAUGCCUUAGAGAAGGUGGCUUUGAUUCAACAACAGCUUAAGACUGCACAAAGUCGACAAAAAGGCUAUACAGAUGUACAUCGACCUAAGUUGGAGUUCAAGGAGGGUGAUCAAGUAUUCUUGAAAGUAUCACAAAUGAAGGGCGUUAUAAGAUUCAGGAAGAAGGGCAAGCUAAGUCCUAGAUUCAUUGGCCCAUAUCGUAUCUUGAAAAGGAUUGGGGAAGUAGCCUAUAAGCUGGAGUUACCUGCAUCGAUGACUUUGGUUCAUCCUGUUUUUCAUGUAUCGAUGCUACGAGGGUAUGUGCAUGAUCAUGCUCACAUCGUCUCACUAGAAGUAGUAGAAAUAAAUGACGGCUUAACUUAUGACGAAGAACCUGUUGAGAUUCUUGAUAGGCAAGUUCGUAGGUUGAGGACUAAAGACAUAGCUUCAGUUAAAGUGUUAUGGCAUAAUCAUGACGUCGAGGAGGCUACUUGGGAGGCUGAGGAAGAUAUGAAAAUUCGAUAUCCACACUUAUUCGCAACUUCAGGGGCUGGACCUGAGCAACUUGAACCGCUUGGAUAG